AUGGCGGCCUUCGUGAUUGCGUCGGCGGCGGCGGCGGCGGCUCGUCAGUCCGGGCGCGGGAGGAGGGAGCCCGAGGAUGCGUUUGACAUGCCAGACGAUCAGUUUCGGCGGCACUUUCGCCUGAAGAAAGAAACUGUGCGGUGGCUGUGCGACGAAGUGGCGGAGGAACUCGGAGGCGUGAGAACUUCAGCGCUGUCGGUGGAACGGCAAGUGCUAAGCGCGUUGCGAUUCUUCGCAACGGGCAGCUUUCAAGCCUCGGUAGGGAGCGAGGAGACGAUCGGCGUGACCCAGCCUGCGGUCAGCAAGUGUGUGCGACGCGUGGCGGAGGCAAUCGUUCACGCCGGGGCCCGCAACAAGUGGGUCCAUUUCCCGAGGACGUCGGAGGAGAAGGCGGCCGUGAAGGAAGGGUUCCUUCGACGCGGCUCCAUUCCCGGCGUCAUCGGAUGCGUGGACGGCAGCCUUAUAGCCAUCAUCGCACCGAAGGGCGAGCAGAAGGCGGCAUUCAUGUGCCGCAAAGGCUACUACGCCCUCAACACAAUGUUCAUCUGCGACGCAGGCAUGCGGAUCCUCGCCGUCGACCCUUUGCGACCGGGGUCAGACCACGACGCCCACGUCUGGAGAACUACGUGGUUGCGUCGUCGGUUCCUGGAGGGGCAUAUUGCCAAGGCCGGCGAACACCUCCUCGGUGACAGCGGCUACCCCCUGGAACCAUGGCUCCUGACCCCAGUCACAGGCCACCCUCCCAUACACACUGCAGAAGGCAGGUACAACACUGCACAUGCUGCCAUGCGGUCCGUAGUGGAGCGGUGCAUUGGGCUUUUGAAGAGCCGCUUCCGCUGCCUUCAGCGGUACCGCGCCCUCCACUACGAGCCAGACCGCGCUGCCAACAUCGUUGCAGCAUGUGCAGUGUUGCACAACUUGUGUCUUGAUGAAGGUGACGUGUUGUUGGGUGAUGUUAGUGAUGACAGCAGCAACAGCAGCAGUGACAAUGAAAGUGGCAACCCCUCCCCACAGAGAGUUCCCCGAGUGAGGGCAUCACGCAUGAUGUACCUGAGAGGCUGUGCUGCCCGGGAUAACGUUAUUAGCUCAUUUGGCACGACACGGCAGCAGCACCAGCACUACCUGAAAAGGGUGCGAAGGCGGCUGCGUCGACAGCAGCACCGACAGCAGCAACACCUUUAGCCAUCAUUGAGACCAAAAUGUACACCGCAACCACAGAAUAGUCAGCCUUUAUCAUUCCUGCUCGCUAACAUUCGAAGUGUUGUUCCCAAGCGUGAUGCACUGUGCAGUCUAAUAGGCUCAUCUUCUUGCGAUGUCUUACUACUAACAGAAACAUGGCUUAACACAUCAAUCGAUGAUACCGAAAUUCUCCCUUACCUCUCGCAUUUUGACAUUUUUCGGAAAGAUAGACCUGAUAACUCACGCGGUGGGGGUGUAUUAAUCGCCACUUAGCGUAACCUACAUUGUUCACUUGUAAACCUCUCUUCACAACUGGAAAUGAUUUGGAUUCGAUGCACUGCUACACACCCGCACAUUCUGAUUGGUAUUUGCUAUCGGUCUCCUAGUACCGACAGUUCUUUCACGCCUUCACUUCAUGAAGCCUUAAAUACGUUGACAAAAACAUAUCCUAACAGUCCUGUCCUUCUGUUUGGCGAUUUUAAUUUUCCAACUAUUGAUUGGUCCGAUCCUGCCUCUACAUUAUCUAAAAGCAGCCCCGCUAGUGGCUUCUUAAACACGUGUAUAACAUUCGGCUUAACGCAGCUCGUCACUGACUCAACACGCGUCACUGCUCACUCGUCCAACGUUUUAGAUCUUGUAUUAACGACUCACCCUGAUAACUUUACCCCUGUCACCUUAUUGCGCGGUUUGAGCGACCACCUGACAGUACAUAUUUCGUUUCGUUGCAACGUACUAAAGAAACAAAAAAAUCGGAAAACACUUACACUCUAUGAUAAAGGGGACUAUGUCAGCAUGAACCGAGAAUUAUCUGAGUACUUCGAUACGUUCGUCGCUAACUUUCAACUAAAUUCUCUCGAGUCGAACUGGCUGCUUUUCAAAGCAGAGAUGCAUCGCCUUAUACGUCUUUACAUCCCCACCAUUACAAUAACAGAAAGAACAACAUCACCAUGGUUUAAUGUAUCCCUCAAACGACUAAAUAAUAAGAAAAAACGGUUGUUUCGAUCAGCCAAACGAUCUAAUUCUUCUUGCACAUGGCAGAAGUA